AUGUUAUUUCGAAAAGAUCCAUGUGGAAUAAUAUGUAUUACAUUGACAUAUACAAUGCUUAUACAUUGUCUCUACGCAAUUUUAUUUGUUAUUAUUAUUCCAUUACUAACAGAAAGUUUAUUCGCUUAUUCGGAUCCCGGUUUCGUACCAUUGCCGAAGAAAGGUAUCGAUUUCUCAGACGUGAAACAGAAUGAAAGCAACAAACACAAUAACGAUGGCUGGACUAUUUGUAAUCGAUGCGAUACAUACAGACCAGCUCGUUCUCAUCAUUGCAGGAUCUGUAAACGAUGCGUUAGAAAAUUAGAUCAUCAUUGUCCUUGGAUCAACAAUUGUGUUGGUGAAUUUAAUCAAAAAUAUUUUAUCUUAUUUCUGUUUUAUAUCGGCGUGACGAGUGUGUACGUCUUGUCUUUUAUUAUUUGGACUUUGCUGACUUACCCAAAUAAAAGUGAUGCUCAAAUAAUUCAUUCUAUAAUUCUGUGUAUUGAAUCAUGUUUGUUCGGUUUAUUUGUCGUUGCGAUAUUUAUCGAUCAAGUCCAAUCUAUAACUAGUGAUCGAAGCACUGCCACCGGCGAAAGUUUUAUUUCGAAGAGUAUUCGGUCCUGGUCCGAUGAUAUUUUGGUUAAUACCGUGCGACUUGAAGAAAUCGAAUCAAAUAACCGAUUCCCAAAAUAUGUACCAUGUGUAAAGUGCUCGAUUGUGAUCUCAAAUGAAAUAAGAUUGGAAACGUUCGAUAUCUCAAUGGCUCAAGCAGCAGCAUCGAAUUUACGUCGUCGAAUUCUCGGUUCACGGCAAGAUUCACCUGCAACACUUCCAACUCAAUCCACCAUCACAACUGAUCUUCCAUCGACCCUCAGCAUAACUAUGAAUCCGACCAUGUCAACAGCGCCGCAUCGUUCAUUUGCACGCAUCGACCGACGUUCGAUCGAAAAAGUAUGGAAACAAAUGGAUCGGAUUGUGAAAUACUGUCAGAUGCCGAAGAUGAAUUUAAAAAAUUCACCGCCAUACAUGUUGGAUAUUCUUCCUGAUCUUUAUCAAACUUUGCGCGAAAUCAUCAACAAUUACGACGAUCGCCUACAUAUUCUAAACGAUAUCGAAUACUUUCGAAUAUUUAUUGACAAUCUCAUUGAACAGUGCACGAAAACAAUUGACUGUUUUAAACGUGCUGGUCAUCAUAUGUACGAUGAACAAUCAACCCAUCGAAAAUACUUGACGAAAUUGUCCUUGUAUUUCUCACAUAACUUAGCGGAAUUGAAAUCGCUGUUCAACAGAGGAAUUUAUGAAGGUGAAAAGUUUCGUUUGACUAAACAGGAAGCCACUGAGUUCUGGAAAAGCAAUUUCAAUGAACGUACUAUCGUACCUUGGGAAGAAUUUAAAGAGAAAUUGAAUCGUAUACAUCCGAUUCACACAAUCAAUGAAGCAACAGCAUUACAAAAUACAAUCGAUUUAACUAAUAAUAAUCAUGUUUCCAUAUUUGAAUUCGACGUCUUCACUAGAUUAUUUCAUCCAUGGUCUUCCUUGUUGACGAAUUGGAAACUAUUGGCUGUCACUCAUCCAGGUUUCAUGGCAUUUAUGACUUACGAUGAAGUGAAAGCGAUUCUCACCGAUUAUAUUGAUAAGCCAGGUAGUUAUGUCUUUCGAUUGAGUUGCACUCGACUCGGCCAAUGGGCGAUUGGUUAUGUAACGACACAGAAUACGAUUCUUCAAACAAUUCCACAAACAAAACCAUUGAUUCAAUCAUUGAUCGAUGGUGAACGUGAAGGAUAUUACAAAUAUCCGGAUGGUAAAAAUAUUCAUAUUGAUCUUUCAUCGGCAUUGAGACCCACUGAAUCGGAUCGAAUUCUCGUCUCUGAAGAACAAUAUGCAAUCUAUUGUGAUAUGGGUACCUGUUUUGAACUGUGUAAGAUCUGUUCAGUUAACAAUAAAGAUUGUAAAAUUCAACCGUGCGGACAUUUAAUUUGUCAAAGUUGUCUAAUCGCUUGGCAGAAUCAAAAUAGCGCUAAACCACCUCCAUUGUGUCCUUUCUGUCGUGGAGAAAUCAAAGGUUUCGAGUCAGUUGUAAUCAGUCCAUUUGAUAGUUCAUCGACAGGGAAUCGAAAAGAAUCAAGUCCAAAUGGAUCGAAUGAAUUCGACGAUCAAACACUAGAUGCAAAUCCUAACGUUCAAAAUCUACAAUCACUUGCUACUGCUCGUCCAAUAUACAAUGAUACUACUCAACAGACUAAUGGUUCCAGUAUAAUAACAGAUAAUACAGCUUCCACGCCGCCACCAAUCCCACCUCGACCUGUGAAUGUAAAAAGCAAUGGCAUACGCGCAUCGAAUGACAUUGUAUCAAAAGGCACACUGCCACAACGUCUUCAGCAGCUUACACCACCUGUUAUACCGCCACCAUUACAUACUAAUGAUGUUUUAUUAUUACCACAACGGUCAUUUAUCAAAGCACAGCGACCACUUUCAUCAGCAUCAUCUAGUGAAAGUUUGAAUGACUCACUUGCACUUCUCUCAACUGUAUCUACAGAUCCCACACUAUCACGGCAAGUUAGCUUAACGAAUGGUGCCAGUAAUCACGCAAAGGCAAUCAAUCAUACAGCUAGUCCUCUUCCUGAUACAACAUCGGGCGGUAUGGAACAAUUUCGUAGCAUUGAUGAUAUUCGUUCACGUUUAACUGAAGAAUGUUCUCAAAUAGAGCAAAUUCGUAUUGAUGCUGUAUUAACUCUAACAAAUGGUUUACCUUUGACGAAGCAAUAUGAACUAUCGAAAACAUUUCUGACACAAAUUCAACAUGAGCAAAUAUCAAAUACUCCUCCGCCACCCUCCUCGACUAGCAAUACAUUUGUUAAUGGAUCUUUUGUAAAUGAAUUCGAUUAA